UAUUUUUCAACAACAGUGUGUUAUUUAUAAGUUAUUCAUAUUUAUCCGAGACGGCAGUUAAGGAUAAGAUAUAGAAAUCAAUCAUGGUUAAUCCGGGCUGGUGUAGGAUAUUAAUUGUAUACAUUGUGAUUUUUAGUGCAGAAGUUUUAGGUCAAACGAAAGAAGGUGACAGCUGCGAAACAAAAUCUGGUUUGUAUGGCACUUGCAAAAUAAUUGCUGAUUGUCCAUCUGCUUUAAGCGAUUAUGUAAACAAAGGAAUUUUUCCUAGUGAUAUUUGCGGUUACAGACGAACUCAGCAGUCUAUAAUAUGUUGUGCAGAGAGAAGUACAGGAGUUUCGGGGUCUGCUGUUGGAGAAAGGGCCAAAGCAAAGUGCCAGGAAUAUUCCAAAUUUGCAUACGAAAGAAUAUUUUCGCCAACUUUGAGUGGCUCAAUAUUUUCAAGCUCAUUGGAAUGUCCUAUCCAGACUCGAACACUAAUUGUAGGAGGAUCAAUUGCAGAACGAAGGGAAUUUCCGCAUAUGAUACAAAUUGGUUACAUAUCUGGUAGUGAAGUAUUAUGGAACUGUGGUGGAUCACUCAUUAGUCCAACAUUUGUACUGACAGCUGCUCACUGCUUGAAAAAUAAUGUGAGGGGUGAAGCAAAAUUAGUUAGAGGAGGAAUAACAAACCUAACUGAGUUAACUCAUGUCCAAACAAGAGACGUUAUUGACAGAAUAUACAAUCCACAAUACAAUUAUGAAAAAUACCAUGAUAUCGGUCUCCUCAAGUUAAACUCUGGCUUCGACCUCAAUACAUUCCUACGCCCUGCUUGCUUGUAUACUCAGAGACAUAUACCAUUUACUAGGGCUGUUGCUUCUGGUUGGGGCAAAACUGGAUUCUUUAAUGAUGGAAGUGAUCAGUUAUUAAAAGUCACUUUGGAAGCAUUUACUACUACUCAGUGCAAUGAUACGUAUAGGCGAUCAAUUAAUGAUCAGAAUUCUCCAUUGCGAAAUGGUAUUGUUGAAGAUCUUCAGAUCUGCUAUGGAUCGACCACAAAAACACGAGACACCUGUGAAGGAGACUCUGGUGGUCCUCUGCAAGUAAUACAUCCUAAUACUCCACAAACAAAGUGUAUGUACGACAUCAUAGGUAUCACAUCAUUUGGAGUUGUAGGUUGUGGGUUAGACAAGAAUCUUCCAGGAGUGUAUACAAGGGUGUCAAAUUAUUUGGAAUGGAUAGAAAAUACUGUCUGGCCUAGAUAAAAUUAAAAAAAACUAAAUUUAUUUUACUUAAAAAAUUUUGUGAGUUAAUAAAAAAAAGGAUUUUUAAUAUAA